AUGCGUCUAAUUUCUCUUGGCGUCGUUGGCGAGAAGGGGCCCCAAGUGAAGGCUUUUCAUGCGCUGCAGCUGCGCCCCACAACUGCAAUGCUGGAUCUUUUGAAGCAGCAAGAGAAGCAGCAGCAAGGGGAAAGCGAAGGGGCUUCCCGGGGCUUUAAACAAGAGCAGCAGCAGCAGCAAGCUGCUGCUGCAGCAGACGCAGUGGAGGAAGCCCGUGCUGCUCUGUUCUUCGUGCCCAUUGAGUGCAACAGCCCCAACCCCUUCAUCUGCGCUGUCCGGCAAAGACAGCUGCUGCUGCACUCGCCGCCCCCCCAGGAAAUGUGGGCCCCCGUGGCCCCUGGGGGCCCUUCGCCAUCUGCAGCUGGCGGCCUGCAGGGGCCCCCGAGGGCCCCCAAGAGGCCCCGGGAAACGGGAGUGGUGUUGGUGGAGAACCUCCCGUUUGAACUUACAGAGGAGGGGCCCCUCAAGAAGGCCCUGGAGCGGUUUGGAGCCAUUAAAUUCAUUUUUAUGCCAAAAGACAAGACAGAUCCGACGAAGGGAACAGGGAAAGCAUAUGUAGUCUACUUCGAUCCCAAGGACGCGGCGAGUGCCACCGAAGCCUCGGGCCAGUUGGAAGGGGGCGGCCGCCCUCUGCGGCUGCGGCUCUAUUACGACAAAAUCCCCUUCGAUAGGCCCACGGGGGCAAAGAGCAUCAAAUGCGGAAGCGUAAUAGCCACGGAGCCGCAUGCAGAUUGUUGGUUCUGUUUGGCGAACCCGCAGGUCGAGAAGCACAUGAUUGUUGACAUAGCGGACCGUAUGUACACUGCAGUUCCCAAAGGGGGCCUCACACCUCUCCACAUGCUUCUCAUUCCCAUUGCGCAUUUGCCCUCUCUGGCCUACGCGGACGCUGAGACUCGCCGAGAAGCUGCGGCGCUCAUCAGAGCCGCUCGCAGCGCAUUUCGUCAACAGAGCCUCGAUUUGGUUGUGUACGAGCGCUACGUGCCAAUGAAGGCGACUAAAGCCAUGCACUCUCAGCUUCACGCAAUUCCGUGCGACCGUUCACAGGCCCUUCAGUCAGGGGAGUUGUUUGAGAAACGGGCGAAGCGAGCAGGCCUUUCUUUGCAGAGACUGCCAGAAACAGCAGAUAUCACUUCCCUUUCUGAGUUGGCGAAGGACCCCUGUUUGGGUUACUUUUACGUGGAGAUUCCUGGCGUCUUAACGGCGAAGGGACAGACAAUUGAUCGUUAUUUGCAUGUGCAACCGGGGAGAGACAGCGGGAAGAUUCCCAUGACCUUUGGCCGGGAAGUCAUGGCAGAGCUGUUGGGGCUGAGAGACAAAGUCAACUGGCAGGCGUGCCUUGUGCCUAAGGACGAAGAGGCGAAGCUAGCGGCAGCACUUCGUGACGUUGUAGGGGUCAAUUAG